GGGCCACACGUGCUCUCUCGCACGCUAUGAAUGGCAGGGAAGGGACGGGAAGGGCGGGAAGCGACGCGAGGGACGAGAAGGCUUUUUUCAGGCAGUACCAUCCGACCCGCGGGCGGAGACGCGUGUGUCGGGCUCAAAGCUCUAUCAAAAACCGUUUAUAAUAUUCAAAUCUGUGAUCGUGUCAUCAAGGGUCUGUCAUAAUGUCGUCGGAUCCCGCGCCUCUGUCUAAGACUGCUAAAUAUAAGAAGAUAACUAAGCCUCUACUAGAAAGAAAACGUCGGGCACGCAUUAAUCGAUGUCUCGAUGAAUUGAAGGAUUUAAUGGUCGGCGCCUUGGAGAUCGAUGACGACAACUUAAGCAAGUUGGAAAAGGCAGAUAUCCUUGAGUUAACUGUUAAUCAUCUCACGAAGUUGCAUAGACCUAAGGAUCCGGUUUUGGAGGCGAAGAAAUUUCAAGCCGGGUUUGGUCAAUGUGCGGCUGAAGCUUGCAGAUUUAUAAUGUCCGUGCCGGAUUUAGACUCAAAAGUGAGUCAAAAUUUAGUUGGACACCUAUCUAGAUUGAUAACCGCUCAGCCGCUGACAAUUCAAGUACCAGAGAGACCGACAUUUUCUCCUCCGAUAUCACCAUCUUCAGUUGCUUCAGACAGACAUCACUAUUACAGCGACCACGAGAGAUCUUCAUCCGAUGCCGAAGAUUCAGUGUAUUCAGCCGACAGCGCACCCAAACAGUGGUCAUUUGGGAGAUCGAAUAAUAAUAAACAAAACGUUUCUAUUACCGGUCUCUUAACUACAGUCGACAAACUGGUUUCGCAUCAUAGCGCCGAACAGGGAUCAAUAAAUGGCCACCGAAAUGGAACUUACUUCAAUAAAGUACCGGCUGAGGCGAAAGACGUAAUAUUACAAAAAAUCAGACAACACAUCAUGGACAAACGAGGAAAUGAAAACAUUGCCAACGUCGAUGUCAGUGCGAAUUCAGACCUGCCUCUUGAACCCAGAUACACGCGCGAUGAGGCUUACAGAAACGACAUUGCAUAUCAUUAUCCUACGCCAAAUUACCCGAGCAGUAACGACACUUUGGAUCUGAGGAAAGUCCGUUCACCAAUCAAAUCAUCAGUAAUGACACAUUCUCCGAGGGAUCAAAUUGAAUAUAGGAGCCCGAAUAGAGAACCAGUUGCAGUAGAAAAAAAACCUGAGGCAAGCGUUAAUGUACCAGAAUAUUGUGAAUUGCCAAUGGAUUACAGCAACUUGCCACCUAAAAAGAAAAGGAAAUUAAUCGAAUAUCAAGAGUACAAAAAACAAGAAGAAGCAAGGCGACAGCUCGAUGCUUUUUAUGCAGAGAAAAAAGAUCGACGAGAUGGACCACCAGUGGACCUUGAAAUGGACGCAAACAAAUGGCGCCCAUGGUAAUACUGUUUAUGUCACAAAACAAUUAGGCAAUCAGCAAUUAUUAACACUGCGUAGUCAAAUACAUUUGAGUGUUCCUUAGAACGGAUUAGGACCGUAGUGCCUUUAAUACUCGGAUAAAAAAAAAAUGCUCACAGUAAAAAAUUAUUACGCAUUUGAACUGCCACUUCAUUGUUGUGAUACUAAUUCUUCCACGAUAAAGCUUUAAUUCGUUGUAACUUGUUAUAUUAUUAGGUUAAGUAUUAUAUUACAGAGAUGUGCCUUAUUUAAGCGUUUAAGUUAAGAAUAAUUUUAAUUUGAAAAUAUAUGUAAAUGUGCCAUGUGUUUGAUCUCCAUGUC